CAUGGACAAUAUUACCAGGCAGAACCAAUUCUAUGAGAGCCAAGUCAUCAAACAAGAGAACGAGGCUGGCUAUGACAGAAGACCACUGGAAAUGGAGCCACAGCAGCAGGCCUAUCGCCCAGAAAUGAAGACAGAGAUGAAACAGGAAGUACCCACCAGCUUCCUACCCUCUGAAGCAUCUCACCCCAAGCCAGACAGACUACAAUUCCAGAGUCGUAAGAGGCCUUAUGAAGAAAACCGGGGACGGGGGUACUUUGAGCACCGAGAGGAUAGGAGGGGCCGCUCUCCUCAGCCUCCAGCUGAAGAAGAUGAAGAGGAAUUUGAUGACACCCUUGUUGCCAUUGACACAUAUAACUGCGACCUUCACUUUAAGGUAGCCCGAGACCGGAGUAGCGGCUAUCCGCUCACAAUUGAGGGAUUUGCAUACCUAUGGUCAGGAGCCCGAGCCAGCUAUGGGGUCAGAAGGGGUCGAGUGUGCUUUGAAAUGAAGAUCAAUGAGGAAAUUUCCGUGAAGCACCUUCCAUCUACAGAGCCUGACCCACAUGUUGUCCGUAUUGGCUGGUCCCUGGACUCCUGCAGCACUCAGCUAGGCGAAGAGCCUUUCUCCUAUGGCUAUGGCGGCACUGGGAAGAAAUCCACCAAUAGCCGGUUUGAAAACUACGGAGACAAGUUUGCAGAGAAUGAUGUGAUUGGCUGCUUUGCGGACUUUGAAUGUGGGAAUGAUGUGGAACUUUCCUUUACCAAGAACGGAAAGUGGAUGGGCAUUGCCUUCCGAAUCCAGAAGGAAGCUUUGGGAGGCCAACCCCUCUACCCUCAUGUCCUGGUGAAGAAUUGCGCAGUGGAGUUUAACUUUGGCCAGAGAGCAGAACCCUACUGUUCCGUCCUCCCAGGCUUCACCUUCAUCCAGCACCUUCCCCUUGGUGAGCGGAUCCGGGGCACUGUUGGACCAAAGAGCAAGGCAGAAUGUGAGAUUCUGAUGAUGGUAGGCCUGCCUGCUGCUGGCAAGACCACAUGGGCCAUCAAACAUGCUGCCUCCAACCCCUCCAAGAAGUACAACAUCCUGGGUACCAAUGCCAUCAUGGAUAAGAUGCGGGUGAUGGGCCUGCGCCGGCAGCGAAACUAUGCUGGCCGAUGGGACGUAUUGAUCCAGCAAGCCACCCAGUGCCUCAACCGCCUCAUCCAGAUCGCAGCCCGCAAGAAACGCAACUAUAUUCUAGAUCAGACAAAUGUUUAUGGGUCUGCCCAGAGACGAAAAAUGAGACCAUUUGAAGGCUUCCAGCGUAAAGCUAUUGUCAUUUGUCCCACCGACGAGGACCUGAAGGACCGAACAAUAAAGCGAACGGAUGAGGAAGGAAAGGAUGUCCCUGAUCAUGCUGUGUUAGAAAUGAAAGCCAACUUCACGUUGCCAGACGUAGGGGACUUCCUGGAUGAGGUCCUGUUCAUUGAGCUGCAGCGUGAGGAAGCAGACAAGCUGGUGAGGCAGUACAACGAAGAAGGACGCAAGGCCGGGCCACCCCCUGAAAAGCGGUUUGACAACCGUGGUGGUGGUUUCCGGGGCAGGGGAGGUGGAGGCGGUUUCCAGCGCUACGACAACCGAGGGCCCCCUGGUGGCAACCGAGGAGGCUUUCAGAACCGAGGUGGUGGUGGCGGUGGAGGCGGCAACUACCGAGGAGGUUUCAAUCGAAGUGGCGGAGGUGGCUACAACCAGAACCGCUGGGGUAACAACAACCGGGAUAACAACAACUCCAACAACCGAGGCAGCUACAAUAGGAUCCCUCAGCAACAGCCACCACCACAGCAGCCCCCACCACCACCCAGCUACAGCCCUGCUCGGAACCCCCCUGUGCCGAGCACCUACAACAAGAACAGCACCAUCCCUGGCUCCAGCGCCAAUACCAGCACCCCUACCGUCAGCAGCUACAGCCCUCCACAGCCAACUUACAGCCAGCCACCCUACAACCAGGGAGGUUACACCCAGGCCUACACAGCCCCACCACCUCCACCUCCACCACCACCUGCCUACACCUACGGGAGCUACGGCGGGUACACCCCGGCCCCCUACACCCCGCCGCCACCUCCCACCGCACAGACCUACCCUCAGCCCAGCUAUAACCAGUAUCAGCAGUAUGCCCAGCAGUGGAACCAGUACUAUCAGAACCAGGCCCAGUGGCCGCCAUAUUACGGGAACUACGACUACAGUAGCUACGCUGGGAGCACACAGGGCGGCACGAGCACACAGUAGCCAGGGCACCCGGAGGUCCUGCCCGCUUCUCUACCAGCGCCACCUUGGCCCAGCUGAUGCCCCCACUGGGUCGUGUGGUGCUGGAAGACAGGUCGUCCCAGGGCUGACUCCCUCCAGCCAGCUGCCUCCCAACUGAGGGCUCCACACAAGGGGCCUGGCAUUUCUCUGGAUUCAAACAGGCAACAAUGACCUUUUAUCUUCUGUUUGUUCCCAUGUCCUCCUCUUCCUCUUCCCUUUUUGACUAAAAAGCCUUCCCCUCCCUUGGUACAGUGAAGCUGGGUGACUGAGGACUCCUCCUGUUCACACUCACUCAGCCCCACCCUCGGCCCUUCAUCUUCCCAGACCCUCAUGCAGUUUGUUAUAAAUUCUUCCAGGAGCUGUUUUACAGUCUACUUUUCAGGAUUUAAAAAAAAAAAGUUGAAAACUUAAAAAAAAAAA